AUGUCUUGCCCCAACUACUGCUCAGGAAACUGCAGCUCAGGAGCCCUCAGGAACUCCUGCCCGAUUCCUGCCACCUCCUCCGUUGCCAUCUGGUCUACCAAUGUGAGCUGUGGCGAUGCCCUCUGCUUACCCAGCAGCUGUCAAGACCGUACCUGGCUCACAGACAACUGCCAAGAGACCUGUGGUGAACCAGCCAGCUGCCAGCCAGCCAACCUUGAAACCUCAUGCUGUUCUUCCUCUGGUUACUAUGUGGCCAAACCCUGCCAAGGAACAAGUUUCCUUCCUGCUUCUCCCUUCACCUCCAGCUCCUACCUCCCAGGAUCCUGUAGACCUCUGAGCUUUGUGUCCAGCAGCUGCGGUCCGCAGAACCCUCUAUUCAAUAGUGGCCAGCUCGUAGGAGGCUGUGUGCCCAGUGGCUGCCGUCCCUUACCCUGCUUGUCCACCAGCUGCCAACCCCAGGGCCUUCUCACCUAUGGA